AUAACUCCUCGGGCCUUCACUCUUGAACUGUAUGCGUGUGCAGUGCAGUGGUCCUCUCUCUCGUUGCCAGUUUUCAUGGCGAAGAAAUCACAGAAAAGCCUCAACAGCACUGGGAAGCGCACACGCAAAAGCGUCCCAAGAGACUCACCUCCACAACGAAGUUCAAUCUAUAGGGGUGUCACAAGGCAUCGAUGGACUGGUCGAUAUGAGGCUCAUUUGUGGGAUAAGAAUUGCUGGAAUGAAUCACAGAGCAAGAAAGGAAGACAAGUAUAUCUAGGGGCAUAUGAUGAUGAAGAAGCCGCAGCACGUGCCUAUGACUUGGCAGCAUUGAAGUACUGGGGCCAAGAUACCAUUCUCAAUUUUCCAUUAUCAAAUUAUGAGGAAAAGCUCAAGGAGAUGGAGGGCCAGUCAAAAGAAGAAUAUAUUGGAUCCUUGAGAAGAAAAAGCAGUGGAUUCUCUCGAGGAGUUUCAAAAUACAGAGGCGUAGCAAGACACCACCAUAACGGAAGAUGGGAAGCUCGAAUUGGAAGGGUCUUUGGCAACAAAUAUCUAUACCUUGGAACUUACGCUACACAAGAAGAAGCAGCCGCAGCAUAUGACAUGGCAGCAAUAGAAUACAGAGGACUUAACGCGGUUACAAACUUUGACCUGAGCCGUUAUAUCAAUUGGCCACGUCCUAAAACAGAAGAAAAUCAUCAAACUAUUCCUAGCAAUGAAAAUGUAAACUCUAAUGCUGAACUUGAGCUAGGUUCGGCUAGUGAUGAGAUCACAGAAGAGGGUGUAGCACCAUCUUCAGAAUCAAAUCCUUCUCGUCGCACAUUCCCUGAAGACAUUCAAACAAUUUUUGAAAAUCAAGAUUCAGGCAUCUACACUGAAAAUGAUGAUAUCAUUUUUGGUGACCUGGGCUCCUUUGGUGCACCAAUUUUUCAUUACGAGCUUGAUGUUUAGAAUUGGAGGACUUCUUCUGGCCAAUACGUUAUUUUUCAAAAGGGGGUAAUCAACCAAAAAAGAUGAUAAAGAAAUUAGGGGGUAAGAGUAAACAUUUUAGAGAUCGAGUGGAAGAUUCUUUAAAAGUAACAUACAAGGGGGGAAGAGGGAUUGGAUCAUUUUAUUUGCGAUAGAACAAGAUGCAUGGCAUACAAGUACAACUGCCUCAUUUUAACAAUUUAGUUUUAUUAUGUAUGUCUCCACAAGCGUGGGUAGAUGUCACAACAUUUAGUUAUUAUAAGCAAUAAGAAUAAUAUUUUUUUAAA